AGCUUGUCAGAGGUCAGAGGCUGCAGUAUUGUUGUUGCUAACGCUUAAGCUUUGCUCUGGUCAUGACACAAAUACCUAUUUUACCCUAAAAUACAAUAGAAAUAGAACAAGCGUUUUAUAAACCAUCCACCUUUGGGGAGGAAUAAGAAUAUAAAGCCGUGGGGAAGAGCCGAAAAGUGAGAUGAAAUGACAACGUCAACAUUACAGAAAGCGAUUGAUCUCGUCACCAAAGCCACAGAGGAGGACAAAGCAAAGAACUAUGAGGAGGCUCUGCGAUUGUACCAGCAUGCUGUCGAAUACUUCCUGCAUGCCAUCAAAUACGAGGCCCACAGCGACAAGGCCAAGGAGAGCAUACGAGCCAAGUGUAUGCAGUACCUGGACAGAGCGGAGAAACUGAAGGACUAUCUGAAGAAUAAAGACAAACAGGGCAAGAAGCCCGUCAAGGAGGCUCAGAGCAAUGACAAGAGUGACAGCGACAGCGAGGGGGAAAACCCAGAGAAGAAGAAACUACAAGAGCAACUUAUGGGUGCCAUCGUGAUGGAGAAGCCCAACGUCAGGUGGAACGACGUGGCUGGACUGGAGGGAGCAAAGGAAGCUUUAAAGGAAGCCGUCAUCCUGCCCAUCAAAUUCCCUCACCUUUUUACAGGGAAGCGGACUCCUUGGAGGGGCAUCCUGUUGUUCGGCCCCCCAGGGACGGGAAAGUCCUACCUGGCCAAGGCGGUGGCCACCGAAGCCAACAACUCCACCUUCUUCUCCGUGUCCUCCUCAGAUCUCAUGUCCAAGUGGCUGGGAGAGAGUGAGAAAUUGGUGAAGAACCUGUUCGAUUUGGCUCGCCAACACAAACCCUCCAUCAUAUUCAUCGAUGAGGUGGACUCCCUGUGCGGCUCGAGGAACGAGAACGAGAGUGAAGCGGCGCGCCGCAUCAAGACAGAGUUUCUGGUCCAGAUGCAAGGAGUGGGAAACGAUAACGAUGGUAUUUUGGUGCUUGGAGCCACCAACAUCCCCUGGGUGCUUGAUGCUGCCAUUCGUAGAAGAUUUGAGAAGAGGAUUUACAUCCCUCUUCCGGAGGAGCCGGCCCGAGCCCAGAUGUUUCGACUUCAUCUUGGCAACACGCCGCACAGCCUGAGCGACGGCGACCUGCGGGAGCUGGCGCACAAAACGGAUGGCUACUCCGGCGCAGAUAUCAGCAUUAUCGUACGGGACGCUCUCAUGCAGCCGGUCAGAAAGGUCCAGUCAGCCACUCACUUUAAAAAGGUUCGUGGUCCAUCCAGAAGCAACAACCAGGUGAUGGUGGACGACCUCUUGACCCCGUGUUCCCCUGGAGACCCUGCAGCCAUAGAGAUGACAUGGAUGGAUGUGCCAAGCGAUAAGCUGCUGGAGCCUAUAGUUUGCAUGUCGGACAUGCUGCGCUCCCUGUCCACCACGCGGCCCACUGUCAACACCGAGGACCUGAUGAAGGUGAAGAAGUUCACAGAGGACUUUGGGAUGGAGGGUUGAUCCCCCUCCCCUCCACCCGCUCCCAGUAACGACACUCUUCUCCCUCCUCCUCUUCCUCACCCUCCUCACCGCUGCGUCAGCGUUCAUCUCUCAGCUGGGCUCCUGGUUUUAUUGUCUCUCAUGGAUGUAAAACAAUAAACCUUGUAGUCCGACGUUUGCUAAACCGGGCCGAGGUUUUAGAAUAUCUGAAGGACGUUUACCAAAUGCCACAUUAGAAACGUCUUAGUGUGAUUUUUCUGUAGUUGGACUCUAUAGAUCUCCUGUGUUUCGCCCUCAUUGCUGAUGACGUAGCCUUGCAGAAUCUCCACUACAUGAACUGCUGCGUUUUACAUGAGGAAUCCCUCCAAGUCCCCCAAUCUGAGCCCCUUCUCUCUCCGACUGAAGGACCCUACGUUUUGUUGCUGUCGUGCACUUUGAUUCGGAUCCACACCAAGGACCCUGAUGGCUGAAGGUGAAACAGAAGUUGAAGUUUCCCCCAGGCAUGUGAGCGUGUGAAUGCAUCAGUGUUUUUAUUAUUGAGCGUGCCUGUCUUAAUGUUUGUGUUGAAAUGUCAGGAGGCUGUUGUUGUCUUAUUUAAUGUUGAACGUCUGCAUCAGGCGUGCAAGUUGGUAGCAAUCUGCCUGAAGUGUUUUCCAACAGGAGAGAUGUGCCUGGCUGAAAGGAACGAGGAAAAGUAGGAACAUUAUCUGGUUCUUCCUUCAUUAUGUUGCAAAAAAAUCGAAUUAUUUAAAAAACAAAUGAUAAAAAUGCUUAUUAGCAUCAACAAUGGAAGAAUUACAGCAAAAGCAAACAGUUUUCUGCCAGCAGCUUUUAUCAGUUCUCAUUUAAUCAAAAAAAAGGACAAAUCACUUCUAAAUUUUUUUUUUUUUUUUUUGCCGUUAAGAGUCCUCUUUUUUCAACUAAAUCGACUUUUUCUGGCAGAUACUGAUUUCUGAUGCC